AUGGAUGCCAUGCAAUAUGCACAGUUUAUGAAAAAAGCUGGGAAUGAGGACUUUAAAAAUGGAAGUUACUCUUUGGCCGUCAGAAAGUAAGAUCAAGCUCUGCUUAUGCUUAUUCAGAUAAGGCAAUGGAUCCUGUGUUCUGAGGACAUAGCUGUGUUAUACUGCAACAAAUCAACUUCCCUGUACAAUCUUGGUAAAUGGAGAGAAGCAAUGUUUUCAGCCUUUGAGAGCUUACAGUGGAAUCCAGAGUAUGUUAAGGCUUAUUACAGAGCUGGCCACUCAUUGAUCAUGUUGUCAAACUCUUUUGAGGGGUUUCAUAAGGGUUUGAUACUUCUGAAUGCUUCUGUAGAUCUAUCUCAGGUUGACUGAUUUUAUACAGGAAUAUUCACAAGUGUCAAUGAUGAACGAGUCUUUCCACCAACUUUUCACCCUGCAUAUGAUUAUAUUUUCAGUGCAAGGCUUAAUGCGCUGAUUUGGCAAGUAGUGAUGGAAAAGUUGGCCCAGAAAGGAAAGUGGUCUUUUCUAUUAUUGUUGUCCAAGAAGAAAGAAUUACCCACCAAUCUCAGAGUCAACCAGUUAUCAUUGAAAAAUUUCUUUGAGACUUUUGAGUAAUAUGGAUGUGAUGGGAAGAUGCAAGACAUAGCAGAAUUAGUCAAAUGGCUAAUUUCCAUUGGGACAAAAGUUGAAACCAUUGGAGUUUAUCCUCUUCAUGCUGUUAUCAGACUAUGUAUCAAAGCAAGUAAGAACCAUGUCUUCAGGUGGUUAUUGACUCAGAGGCCAGACUUGAGGGAUACAAUAAACCAGCAAGACAGAGGUGGAUGCACCCUCCUGCAUAUCGUGGCAUCUUCCAGUGAAUAUUCCUGGAAACACAGUCAAACAGAAGAUGUGCUCAUGCUCCUGAGUUUUGGGGUUGAUCCUACCAUUCCAGAUGCAUGGUCAAGAUAUGUCAUAGAUAUCUUGAAAAAGAAUAAAAACUUUAAUGUUGUCAAAGCAGUCAGAGAUCACACUGAGAAACACACUUCUUCCUCUGUGGAAUUGGAAGAGGAAGAUAAGAGCAGAGCUGUAGUUGACUGUUUCCUGGGUGCUCUUGAACAGUUCGUCAAGUUCUGCAGUUGUGGAAAUGGGGUACAUAACACAAAUGUAUCGAAGAAAGAUGAGGUUCAUGGAUUUCUGAAACUGCUUUCUUCUGUGAAAGAAAUCCCUGAAGGGGCAGUUUGCAACAUCUCCCAAGCCUGUGCUAACAGCUUUAUGAAACAGUUGUUGAAGAAGCAAAUGUGGCAUGAAGUUUUGCUGUUGCUAACAGGGAAAGUCAGUGGGGAAAAGACAUCAGGUGGAGGACUCUUCAAAACCUGCAGUCUUUCAGAUGUUGACAUUGGCAGUAUUAUCCAGCAGUGUGAUGGAUUGGAUGAGCAAAUACACCUCAUAAGAUGCUUGAUCGAAAGUGGAGCUCUGCCAGAUGGGAUUGGAGCCAACUCUGAAAUACCAUUGCAAAUAUGCCUGGAAAAUAAUUAUUUUGAACUGGUGUAUUUGCUGUUGAUUAAGGGUGCAGAUCCUGAGAAUAUCUCCAUUGCACAAGGAGAUACUCCUUUGCAUGCUGCAGUUUACAUCUAUUUUGAUUAAAAAAAAAAAAAAGAUUGCAUUGGUUUAAACAUCCUGAACUAUCUGCUUGAUCUCUUUGCUUCAAAACCUUCUGACUUGCCAUAUCUUAAUCCAAACAUACAAGAUAAGAAUGGGGAUACAGUGAUGCACGUUAUUUUUCAGAGAGGAUUUUUAAAGCACAGAAUAAUUGAUUCAUUGGCAAAAUUUGAUAUUAACUUUAAUAUAAAAAACAAACUGGGAAGAGAUGUGAGGCACAGAAUUAAAAAAAAAAAAAAUGAGCCACUGCUACUUGCUUGGAAAACUGCUGUAUCAGAGGAGUAGUAGUACUGGCAGGAUAUAGCAGGACGGUCAGUUAAAACACUUAAGUCUGCUCCAGUCUCUGACAUACAAAGCGCAGGACAUUCUUCAUCUGGGUCAUUAUUAAAAGCACCAUCUGGAAACACAACACAUAACAAUGUAAAAACCUCAUGUUCUGUAAAGAAUCAGUUGGUGAAGCAGGAAAUGGAAAAAAUAAAGAACCCCUUAACUCUGCAGGAAAGUCUAGUGCAGGAAGUCAGAGCUUUAAUUCAGCAAUUAAAAUUAGGUGACACCUUGAGAAACAAUAAUUCUCUGUUACAAAAGCCAUUUUCAGCCCAGACUAAUAUGGAAGAGGGAAAAAGGGAAUCAUCACAACCACGUGGAAAUGUGGUUAAUCCUGAAGGAAAAGGGGACGCCUGGAAGAAAAAUAAGGAAGCACAAGUUAGUAUGGACCUCUCUAAUGGAGAGAAGGAAGAACCAGAGAAAGAGGAAGGGGAGAUUCUGCAUAUAGAGGCACAUGUACAGAAGUUUGAUAACAUGACCUGGGAAAUAGAGUGCACUCCUGAAAUGUUGAAGACGUUGAGCAGCAAAGCUGUACCUCCUUAUCUGAAAACUAAAACUAUAAUGACAACUAAGCAUCUUGGUAAUGGGGAAUGGACUAGGGUCCUUCAGAAGCCACUGAAACAUUUGAAAGCUGAUAUCCAGCUCUAUGAAGAACUGGGCAAAGGUGCAAGAAUGCUAUGGGAAAUUGCGAUUGGCUUUUCUCCUCGUUGCAGUGAGAGUGCAGAAAAGAUUAUGGAGACAGAACAGACAAAAAGUCUUCUAGAAAAAUCAGGAAGAGUUUACAUGGAAAUGAUCAGGAUUCAGGCCAUUGUUCUUGACCACUGCAAGCUGAACAUAUCCCACAAUCGGGGUUUAUCCUGCAUCUUAAGGAAGAAGCUCAAGGGCAUCAAUAAAGGACAUCAGAACUACAACAGGACAGUAAAAAAGCAUGUUCCAUGUUCUUACAUUGAAGAUCUAGAAGCAGAAAAAUCAAAAGAACAUACUUUCGCUGACUAUUUCCCUCCAGCCAGUGAGGGAAUGGAAUGUGCAGAAAUGGAAUACAAUAUAAUGAAAUUCCACAGCUUCAGUACUAACAUGGUGCUUAACAUUAUAAAUGAUGUACAUUCUGCUGUUGAAUACCCAUUCUGAGUGGGGGAAUUGGAGCAUGCAGUAAUUAACCUCAACCCAAAGCCCAUAGAAUCAACCAUUUUAAUUGGGCGAAGUGGGACAGGGAAGACAACUUGGUGCUUGUAUAGGCUUUGGAAGAAAUUCUAUUCGUACUAGGAAAGAUCUACCACGGCAAAUAGUCCUCUGCUGGCAAGGCAAACUUGGCAGCAGAAGCAGUGCAGUGAAGCUGAAAAAGCGAGGCUAGAGAAGGAAGAGCAUGAAGAAAAAGAUGAUUCCAGUGAGGAGCAGGUGAGUGAUGUGCAAGACAGUGAGGAUGAAAAGGUUCCUGCGGACACAAGUGGUGGAGAAACAAAUCCAUGUGAUGACCAUGAAGACAGUGUGUGUAGUGCAGAAACACUGAACAGCCUGGAGCACCUGCACCAGAUCUUUGUGACGAAAAAUGCUGUCUUGUGCCAGGAAGUUCAGAAGAAUUUCAUUGAACUUAGCAAGUCAUCUAAGAUAACCAGUCAUUUCAGGCCUCUGGAACCAAGUGUUCAUAGGCUACAAGACAUUAAAGAUGAAAAUUUCCCAUUCACCUCCAAGCAGUUGUUGCUGUUACUGGAUGCAUCCAUGCCUGACCUCUUUUUUCCAAGGAAUGAAGAUGGAAGCCUUAAAAGAACCGGUUGGAGUCCCUAGAAAGAGUUGGUGGUGCCAAAUUGGCAAGAUAGGGAUGAAGAAGGUAAUGAUGAAGCAGAGCAUGGUGAUGAGGAAGGAGCUGCAGAUGCAUACUCUAGGGAAAAUGACCCUCGUACUUUUGUGACUUAUGAUGUAUUUGCAAAUGAAAUAUGGCCAAAAAUGGUGAAAAGUAAAAGCUUGUCCAAACCAGUGCAGGAUUGUAAAGAAAUAAAAUCAUUUCUGAAAGGCUCUUUUGAGGCACUGAGUUGCACUGGGGGUAAACUCACUGAGGAGGGGUACAAAAAUCUAGGUUGGAAGAGAUUGCUGAACUUCACGGAAGACAGGAGUGAAAUCUAUCGCCUCUUCUGUCUUUAUCAGCAAAUAAGGUCUCAGAGAGGCUACUUCGAUGAAGAAGACUUGCUAUAUAAUUUAUCUCAAAGACUGUCAAAGCUCAGUGAGUUGCCGUGGUCCAUCCAUGAGUUUCAUGGUGAUGAGAUUCAGGAUUUCACCCAAGCUGAGCUAGCGCUGUUAAUGAAAUGCAUCAAUGAUCCUAAUGCCAUGUUUCUAACUGGUGACACUGCACAGAGCAUAAUGAAAGGAGUUGCUUUUUGUUUUAGUGAUCUGAGGUCACUGCUUCAUUAUGCAAGCAAGAACUCCAACUCCAUAGACAAGAAGCAGCGUGUUAGAAAACCAAAAAGGAUAUAUCAAUUGUACCAGAACUACAAGUCCUAUUCAAGUAUUCUCCGUCUCGCAUCUGGAGUGGUUGAUUUGCUUCAGUACUAUUUCCCAGAAUCUUUUGAUCGGCUUCCAGAGGACUGUGGUCUCUUUGAUGGACCCAAACCUACAGUCUUAGACUCCUGCAGUUUUAGCGACCUAGCAAUUCUGCUGAGGGGCAAUAAAAGGAAAACGCAACCUAUUGAAUUUGGAGCACAUCAGGUAGUAUUAGUGGCAAAUGAAACAGCAAAGGAGAAAAUACCAGAGGAACACAAUUUAGCACUUGCACUGACAGUUUAUGAAGCAAAGGGCUUGGAAUUUGAUGAUGUACUCCUUUACAACUUUUUCACAGACUCAGAGGCUAGCAAAGAGUGGAAGAUCAUUUCUUCUUAUCUUCCGGAUUCAGAUAUGCAAGUAGGAAGCAAAUUGCUAAUUGAAGUGCCUUUAGGGGAUGCUACUGAUUUGCAAAAGAGACCUUCUCCUUUUAAUGUAGAAAUGUACAAGAUGCUGAAUGGAGAACUGAAGCAGUUGUUUACUGCCAUUAUAAGAGCCAGGAUCAAUCUUUGGAUAUUUGACAAAAAUAGUGAAAAACGGGCUCCAGCUUUUAAGUACUUCAUCAAAAGGGAAGUCGUUCAGGUUGUCAAAACAGAUGAAAAUAAAGACUUAGAUGACAGUAUGUUUGCUAAAACUUCAUCUGCAGAAGAAUGGAUUGCGCAGGGAGACUACUAUGCUAAACAUCAGUUCUGGGAGGUGGCAGCCAAAUGUUACCAAAAGGGAGAAGCAUCUGAGAAGUCAAAGCUGGCCCUGGCACAUGACGCUGUUCUCAAAGUGCACUUGAAGAAAAGCAGCCCCAGAUAUGAAGAGAUCUUAAAUACAAGAGGACAAAUGGUUUCCAAAUUCUCAUGUACAGCAAACCAGCUGUAUUUGGAAGCAGCUGCAAAGUACCUAAGUAUGAACAGAACUGAGGAAAUGAUGUGGGUCCUCUCAAAACUUAACAUAAAGGAUCAGCUUGAGUUUCUGAAAUCUCAUGGAUGCUUGCACCAAACAGCAGACUUACUAAAAAGAGAAGGUUGGCAGGAAGAAGCUGCAAAGCUAAUGAAACAACACAGGUUUGCUCUGGAAGCAGCCAACCUCACAACUAUAAAAGAGUUCCGUGUAUCUUGCUUGCUUGCUGCAGCCCGUGCUGGUAUGACUCACUGGUCAGAAUUGGACAUGGUAGAAGAGGUCAUGCUAAGAGAAGCCCUCGAGCUUUGUGAAGAAACUAAGCAGAAGUCUGGCAUUGCUGAAACUGUAUUUUUACAGGGAGCUCUGAAGGGAGACUUUGCAAAACUGAGCAGCGCAUACUGUCAGUUUCUAUCUCUGAAUCAUUCUGCUGGUGCAGUUGAAGUUCUUUUUGUGUUAUCUCGCUGCAGUGCUCCAAGCCAGGACAUCCUCUUUAAGGUGACACGUGGCUUAAUAGCUCUUCUAGGUCUGGUUAAAAGUUUGAAGAAAGCAGCCACCAAUGCAGAGAAAGAUAUGGUGAAAUCAUGCUUUGCCUAUUUUGGGAUUUUAACAGGUGACGGUUGUUGCCAGGUGUCUUAAAAUGAAGGUGAACCCAUCCUCAAGUUUUCGUCAGACAAGUCAAAUCUAAAAGAGAGGAAGACGAAAGGUAAUUUCUCAGUAAGCAAAGAGGAUGUAAAAUCAGCUUUGAAGCAGCACUUGCUAAGCAGUUGUUCUAUCAUCCGUGAGUUACGGAAGAAGCAUUACCCUGGUAUUUGUAUCAAGUUCAUUGUUGGCUUGAACUGUGAAGAUAAAACCUGUGAGGAUUUACAUAAGCCCUUGUUGCGCCAUGAAGCAAGGACAGUAUUUCAAUGUAAAAUGCAUCUGGCAGCAAUAAAUGGACUGCUCUUGGAAGCCACACGCACUUUCCCUGAAGAGCUGCUGAGUCAGUGCAAAAGCUUUGUCUUUUUGACUCCUGACAAAUAUGCAUCAUGUAAAGCCCUCCUAGAAAUGUUUUUUCCUAAUCAUUUUCAUUUGAGAAUACUGUCAGAGAACCCAAAGGCGUGCAAAGAAAUACUGGUGUUCAGUAACAUUGUUUCCGAACCCUGUAGAGCAGUGUUGAAUGAGUACAUUGCAUUUAAAUUUCAAAAUGAAGAUGCUAGGGCAAGAAGAGAAUCAAGUGACUUGCGGUUAAGUGUCAUGAAGGUUUUUCUCUUAUCUUCAGGAUAUCCUGAAGAAUUUGAGAAACUUAUUUUUGAGGAAGAGGAUGAUUAUAAAGAGCUAAACCUUGCUUUGUCAAAGGCAAAAGACUCCCCAAAGUGUAAACGUCACAGAGGAGAAAUCAAAGGAAUAGAUGGCAGACAUGGAAUGUUGCUACCUGACAAAAAUACAGAAAAUACAGGGACACACCUGUGCUCAUUAGACUUCAUUAGACUUCUUGAAAAUUCAUUUGAGCAAUUUUAUGUUCGUAAGAACCCAAAAAACUGUAAAAGACUGUUUUUUUCUUUUAUGAACAUCCUGGUCAAGAAAUGGACAAGAUUCCUGAUUCCAAGCAUAGGAAAUACGGUGAUGAUGGAGUACAUUUUCUGUUGUGCUGUCCUGAUGCGUCUCAACAAGAAUGUUACUCUGUGCUUUCCAAAGAGUUACAUUGCUCUUAUUCAUUACUGGGAUUUUUUGUUCAGAAGCAAGGACCAUAACAAAGAAUUAGAGACAUUUUCCAUUAUACAAGAGUAUAGACCAAAGGACAUAUAUGCAGCAGAACAGAAUUUCAGAUUUCACUGUUAUCUAGCAAAAACUUUAUGUGGAGUUCAUGGGAGGUUCCAUGUCCUUCUGGAUGCUUUUGAGGAUCCUGACUGCAUAACUUCAGGGGAAACUGAGCAAACUGUAGUGCUGUGCUUAGUGAUGGUACUGAAUGCUGACCAGGUGCAGAAUUUUACAUGUAAAUAUCUCUUAUACCAACACUUCCCUGAAAUAAAGGCAAUGCUGAAAUCAAUGAGAAAAGACUUUCCCUCUAAAGUGCCUUAAAGAUUGCUAAAAGUAGUGGAACAAGUGCCUGAUGCUACACAUGUAAGAGAAAUUGCUGGGCAAGAGCUUCUGACAGAGCAAGAUGCAGAGUACUUAGUUGACUGCCAAUGGAAGUGGGACUCUGUGUACACGGGGCAUCCACCCACACAGGGUGUCCUGUAUGAAACUGUAAACCAUGACAGGCUUAUAACCUUUUUGGAUAAGACAUAUGCUGAUGAGAUAGAAAAGGAACUUGAAAGCAAUCAGUGCUUAGAGGACCAAAAGGAUCCCCUGGAAGUGAUUGCACUCAGCAAGCAACAGAAGCAAGAGCAGAAAGCAUCUGCUCAACACCAGCUGUGCCGCAUUUUCCAUUUCAUAUCUAUGUACGUGAAGUGGAAAAGAAAGGCCUGCUCCAAAGCUGAGCCUGUUGCCAUGGGAAGAGAGAAUUUUCUAUCGGCAGUCUUCAAAAAAGCAGAUAUCGACCAAACGUGUGACCUCUGUGGAGUCAGAUUUAUCCAGAGCUGUGAGAACUACUUCAGCCGGACAGAAAGCAUGGAAGCAGACACUCCCGAAACUGUGACACCAACAGAGAUCAGCAGGGAAGAAAAGUUGCAGGUGGAGAGAAACGCACUUAUUGUGGCCAGUGAAGCUUAUAUAGAGCACAGAAACACGGAUGAACACAAAAAUAAUAAUGCUGCCUACAAAAACUAUGCUGACUUUUUCAGAAGAGAAAUAGAUCCAAAAAUACAAGAUGGAAUGGAAAUAGUAGAGGCCAUUACAGAAAAGACUUGCACCCAAGAACAUUCAGCGUAUAAAGAAGGCUCCAAAUUACACCAGAGAAAAAUAAAAGAAAAUACUACGACGAUUUCAGAUGCAGUAGAAGAAAUCUAUGAGAGAGAAGCGUGGGCUGAAGCUGAAGAAAUAAUAACCAAACAUGCCAACAAAUUGUUUGCUGUAAUUGAUGAGGCUCAUAAAUGGCUGAAGAAAAUGGAUUUGCAUAGGAUAAAAGAAGAAGACUUUGUACAUGAUAGAGACUUGGAAGAUGAAGUAGAAGAUGAAAGAAUGGCUUUUGAAGAACUUGCCUGGAAAAAAAAAAACUCAAGAAAAAAAGGAAGAUAUGGGAAGUUGUAA